UGGGGGGUUUGAUCAUGUUAAUACUUCACUUCAACGGUUAGUUUUGAGUAACAUUUGGUUGAGAUGUCAACUGACGUGAAUUCAACGUGUCAACAUGUCAUCAGAUAUAUAUUUGUUGUUUAAAUGACGCGGAAACAACGCUGACGUAACCACUUGUUGCCCACUGGCAGGCGACACAGGCAAUUUCUAUUUCCGUGGGUUUCUCGGCUGGGGAACUCAGUCAAAAAGAAACAAACGGUAGUGUGUUUGGUGAAACUGCAUUGUCAAAUACCCCCUUGUCAAAUACCCCCUGUGCUCCCAUGUUCUCUAUUUGCAAACAAUAUGUGCCCGCGAGUUGAAUACAGCUUCCGCGCUACCCACUAACGUUAAUUACAGCGACACACACACUCCCUUCCUCAAUAUCUCACUCCCCCCCUGCUCAUGAAAACUUGUUGCAAUUCUGAAUGUGCUUUUUCUCACUGACACCAGGGCAAAUUUUGGGAUAGGAUUUAGGAGAGUUCUCAUUUGUCAUAAAAUAGAUUAUCAAAGAAGUCUUCGAAUUGGAUUCUUGGGAGUGUUUCACAAUGGGUCGCAGUGGAGUUGGAGCUAAACUUCACUGGACAGUUUGUUUCACUUGGUGAGACGCCAGCGAUGGAGCGAGGACAGCGGCGAGGCGCCGGGACACUCUACGCACCAUACGGACAUUAUUACCGGGAAGUUAGCUACUCCGUCAGGAUGUGUGUGUGAGGGCUGACAGACUGGGUCCAGCCAUGGAAUCAGAGCAGAACUGCAGCUCUUACUGUGACUCCAGACUCUGCCUCAUCCACCCUGGAGUCAAUACACAAAAGGGCCUGGAGAUACUGCAGAGACUAUGUACCCUCAGCACGAUGGAAGGGGAGCUGCAGAGGCGGUCUCUCUCCCCAGUGCUCUGUGCAGUUGUCUGGACCAUGCUCUCCUGUGGCAUUUUGCUGGCUUUCUGCUUCCUGCUCUUCACCCUGCGCUUCAAGAACAACAGGAUAGUGAAGAUGUCCAGUCCUAACCUUAAUGUGUUGACUCUGUGUGGAAGUAUCCUCACCUACAGCAGUGGCUUCCUAUUUGCUUUUGAGGAACGCACCCACCUACAAGGGGGAGGAGCCAGAGCAAUACUCCAGGCCAGGAUCUGGACAUUGUGUAUUGGCAGCACUCUGGUAUUUGUGCCCAUCCUGGGGAAAACAUGGCGGCUCUACAGAGUAUUCACCCAACGUGUUCCUGACAAGAGAGUGAUCAUCAGAGACAUCCAGUUGAUGGGCUUGGUAUCUCUGUUGAUUCUGCUGGACCUGCUGGUUCUGACCGCCUGGAGUCUAACCGACCCAGUCAAAUGUGCUCGGUCCAUUGGGGCUGUGGUCAAGGUGGUGGAGAGGGACAUGUCCUACUCUCUGUCUCAGCUGGACUCCUGCUCCUCUCUCUACUCAGACCUGUGGCAUAUCCUCCUCGCCGUGAUGAAGGGUGGCCUGCUCCUAUAUGGGACCUACCUGGCUGGUCUCACCAGCAACGUCAGCCUCCCUCCGGUCAACCAGUCCCCCACCAUCAUGACCGCGGUCAGCCUGGUCACCCUGUCCACGGCAGUAGGGGUCCCGGUGUCACGGUUCCUGCAUGCCUGGCCCAACGUGGUCUAUAGUAUGGUGGCUGGGGCCAUCUUCAUCUGUACCCUCGCCACCAACUGUAUGCUGUUUGUACCUCAGUUGACCCAGUGGCGUCGGUUUGAGGAGGAGCACAACAACCCUAGUCAAAUGGCAAAGUACUUCAGCAGCCCCAGUAAGAGUGUCCAGUCUGUCUACAGCCAGGAUGAGAUCUACUACCUCCUGGGGGAGAACAACUCCAUGAAGAGGCUCCUCAAUGAGGUAAAGAAUGCUGUGAUUGACAGUCUGCAGGAGCAGGUGAACAAUGCCAAAGACAAGCUACUGUGCCUCAUGUCCAGUAGCCACCCCCACGAGGACCAGGAAAUUGACUCUUCCACCACCAACCUCCACUCCUCAUUCACCCAGACCAUAGUUGUGCAGUCUGACUGCCUUCCAACUCCCCUGCCACACAGGGACAUAGCAGAACCUCCCCUCUCUUCUCCUACCUUUUCUGCACCUCCUAUGUCUGCUCCUCCCACUACUUCUACUGUCUAUACACCUUCUUCUGAUUCUCCCUCUACUCCUUCACCUGCCCUCUAUCCUCCCCCAGGGGAUGGUGUGAAUGUUAAACAGUGGAGUGUAGAAUUUGGUCAAGACAUCCAGGGUGCAGGGAUGGAGACUGAGACAGGGUGGUGUAAGGUUGAGGGGGCUGGGUCCCAGCAGCCGUGUGGAGGGGUGAGGUCUAACCUCCCAGUCUCCCCUAAGCCCUCUGUCUUCUCCAGGACAGGAGUCAGGACACCAGGGAAGAGGGCAGGGACAAAAACCACACCCUCCUGUCAGUCAAACUAUGUCACUACUUCUUCCCAUCUCUUUCCGGUGGGAAAGUCAGAACCCUCAGGUUGCCAUGGCCAUCCCGUGUUGCCAAGGGUUACAAGCGUCAGGCCGGCAGGGUUUGUGAGCAGUGAGCAUCUGCAGGAGAUCCUCCAGGAACUGAGUGUGGUCCCUGUCAUGGAAACGGCCCUCCGCUCACCCAAUCACAGGAGGGGGAUCAGGAGACCCACUCUGCCCUCCCCGACCGACCCCUCAGUCCGCUCUCCUCUCUCCCUCCAUGCCCCUCGCACCCAUCAUCCCCCUCCCUUCUUCCGCUACCCCAGUAUAUCCCCCUACGUGAUGAGGAAACGCAGACCUCCAUUCCAUCAACCCAGAGGGGGGCCUCCGCCCUGUUACUACCCAGGGUCAGAGACUCCUCGCUGGGGAAGGAGGAGGGAUGCUGGAUCCUUACAUCUAGAUAAGCACCCAACAAAAACACAACCCCAGCUCGAGCCUGUUGGCACAGAGACCAGUCCCUUCCGCCCUGAAGACAGUGAUUCAGAAGAAUGGGAAGAGGCAGGGCAUAGAGCAACAAAUAGGUGUGGGAGGCAUGGCUCGAGGUGGGAGCACCGGCUACCACCCCCUCGAAAAUGCUCCAUCACCCCCUUCUCAGGACACACCCACCCAGGCCCUUCAAACGGGGAGGGGGGCGGUGAGGGAGGGCUAGACCGAGACCGUGGCAGGGACUCUUAUGGUUACUGGGACUCAGACUCCAGCAGCUCAGCUGACUACUGCUACUACCACCGACCCUACUGCGAUGCCUGCCUGCCACACGGCUACCACCCCUCCAGCGACAGCUCCUCCUCAUACUCCUCGGACAGUGAGUACGGUGGCGUCGCUGGCCUCUGCCGCUGCACACACCCUGUGGUCAACUUCAAGGAAGACCUCAAUCCCACCUUCGUAUGAGCCUGUCUGGAGCCUCAUUUGAAUGGGUGCUGCGGAAGAAAUCAUUCAAGUCAAAUUGUGUUGUAAUUUACUUUCAAUGGCCAGUUCACGGCAGAACAAUUGAGUUUACGCACUGUUGUAACGCUAUUGAGAAGUAGUAAAUUGAGUGUGAACUGAUGUAAAUGCUUUCCUUGUAGGCCUACCCAUCCAACAUGGCUAUUUAGAAGGCAAAACAUCUGACUUUGCAUUCAUGGUAAUGUUCUUCCUUAUCUACAUGAGGAGUAUCCUUGCAACACAUUACCUCACAACAAUCACCUUAGAAACUCUUUCAUUUGGUUGCAAGUGUUUUAGAAAUGGGACCAAGUUGGGGUGUGUUGUUCAAUGGAUUGAGAUUGCUGUAUGAUGUCUGGGAUCUGCUUUUAAUUGAUUGACUUUGUCUUUCAUUUAUUGCUCUAACUGCCAAUGUCUCUAGGUUAUGUUAUAUAAAAUGUAUAUUUGUAGCUAAAUAUGAUACAGUAUUUACAGUAGAUCAUAUAGAUUGUUACAUGUUACAAAAAAUUACUUUUAUUUAUCUGUUACCACAUACAGUGAACUCCAAAAGUAUUGGGACAGAGACACAUGUUUAGUUCUUUUGGAUAUGUACUCCAGCACUUUUAAAUUGAAAUUAUAUAAUGACUAGGAUGUUAAAGUGCAGAAUGUCAGUUUUAAUUUCAGGGGAUUUUCAUCCAUAUCGAGUAAACCAUUUAGAAAUUACAGCAAUUUUUGUACAUAGUCCCCGUAUUUUAGGGGACCAAAGGUAUAGAGACAUUCCAGGU